CUACCUUAAGAAUUCCUAUAGUUCGGUUGUGUUGCACGUUUGCACGACUGGGACAGCGAGAAAAAUGAGUGAUGCUUACAGGGAAGUGAAGCUGAAUGGACGAUCGUCGUGCCUCUUCGACAAGGACAAGUACUGUUACAAGAAGGCUCGAGGAAAGUGUAUCUUUGCCUGCGAAGAAAAAUCUCAAGAAUGCCCAAGCAAAAUCCAGGCUGCAGAUGGCAAAAUACUGUCGCAAACUGGCCAGCACAACCACAUGCCCAACAUUGUUGGAUUUCAAGCAAAAGUUGUUUCCAGCGAGCUGUAUCAUGCUGCCGUGAUGACAGACGACCCCAUCAAUGAGCUGGUCGACGAGAAGAUGGAAGGCCUCUCUUUGGAAGUGCUGGCCGAGCUGCCUGACGCCGACCGCUUGAAGACCAGCUUGCAAGCAACCAGACGGGCUGCCAAGACCAAGCGCAACGCCGGCAAUACUGUGGCGCAAGAGAAAGCUGAAAAGCCUGACCGCAAGAGGAAGGCUACACGUGAAAAAGAGAACAAGCUGCCAAAGCAACAGACUUCCAAAGAGGGAGACAAAAGUAACAAGAGCAACAAGAAAGCCACCCCAAAAAAUACUUUGCAGUAAUGUUUUUCAGCACAGGAUUGUGAAACUGGUGAACCAAGAAUCGCCAGGAAAAACGAUUAUCAGAGAAUUAUUUCCUAGUCUGCCACUAGCAAAGAAGCCUAAGGGCGUGAAGAAAGCAGCUCAUUUUGAUAUUGAUGAUGAUUCAGAUUACUAGAAAUGUUUAUGGACACUGUUGAAUGAGUAUAGAUCUUUAAUUUAAAUUAUUCUAAAAUUACACAAAUGAAAAUGAAUCAGAAAAAUUUGUAAUGUUAUUUUAAUUAAUAAAGUUUGAUGAUGAAUUACAAAAA